ACUCUAAGCUAAAUGAUGGGAACUCAGUGGAGUAACUUAUGCUUACGACAGCUCUGCUCUAGAUACAGUUUCUGUUCUUUCCCCAUAAAAUUUGGUGCAGUUGCGGCUCAGGGGUCAUUGAAGUCUAGUUUGAGUUUGACAUUACCUUUUAAGCCUUCAAGAAAUAUUCAUAUGGAAAACAAAGAAAAUAUCAGUUCAAGAGGUGCCUUAAUUGUUUUAGAAGGGCUUGACCGUUGUGGGAAGACAUCACAAUCUAGCAGACUAUACACGUACCUCGAUGAGCAAGGACAUUCAGUUGAAUCAUGGAGAUUCCCCGACAGAGAUACAGGUGUUGGGCAAAGGAUUUCUUCUUUUCUUGCUAACAAGGCGCAGUUGGAUGACCAUGCAAUCCAUCUUCUCUUCAGCGUAAAUCGUUGGGAGAAGAGAGUGUUAAUGGAGGACAAGCUGAGGAGUGGAACUACUCUCAUUUUUAACCACUAUUCUUAUUCUGGAGUAGCAUUCUCAUCUGCCAAGGGACUUGAUAUUGAGUGGUGUAAGGCUCCAGAGAUAGGGUUGUUAGCUCCGGAUCUAGUUGUAUACCUUGACAUAUCACCGGAGAAAGCUGCAGAAAGAGGAGGUUAUGGAGGUGAGAGAUAUGAGAAGCUUGAGUUUCAAAAAAAGGUUGCCAAGUCUUAUUUGGCUCUUCAUGAUUCCUCAUGGAAGUGAGUCCACAAGGCUAUGUGAUUAUGGGGUUGUCAAAAUUUUUGGUCAUUGGCUGAUAGAGCUCGUGAUCCAUGAAUCAAGACAAUCACUGGAAGGAAAGUCCAAGAGCUGAUGACCCUCUCUGUCAUUCCUUUCCUAGUCGAUCUUCACCAUUUGAUAAUUUCUAUGUUGAUCAUACGAAUCUCUAUAUAAUUUUGCUUUCACUGAAAUAUGUCAUUAGUUUCAGAUGUGCCCUAUCUUCUAUUGAAGUAGAAUCAAAAUCUUGUUGUUCCUUAAAUUCACCAGAAUAACUGUCUAAGCUGAAGUGCCAUGUACCGUCUAUAUCCUUUUGUAUAUGCAUUCUCUUUAUACAUUGGCCCAUUCUUGUCAUUUCACUCCUAUGUAUGCUUUUUAUUAAUACUAAGACAUUGUGAUAUA